GGAUGCUUGGACCGCCGGCCGGCUGAGCAUCGACCCGCUCUCCUUGACUCGAAGAGCUCAAAUUUCGACUUCUCGCUUUCACUCCACCACCUUCAUACGCAACUCAUUUUUCAUCCAGCAUGGCAGAUCACGACAACCCGAAACACCCUCAACAACCAAAUGAUGACAUCGAGCAAGCCUCUGCGACUCAUAGGGACUCGUCAACAUCGUUGUCCACCUCAAAGUGGACCGAAUUCUCCAUCUUCGACCGCAGGCAGAAGGCACUGCUGGUCGCCAUCGUCUCCAUAGCAGCGACAUUUAGCGGUGCCGCCUCAAACAUAUACUUUCCUGCAUUGUCUACCAUCGCCGAUGACCUUGGCGUCUCGAUCGAGCUCAUCAACCUCACAGUCACCACCUACUUGAUUUUCCAGGGCCUCGCUCCGAGUCUCUGGGGCCCCGUCUCCGAUGUCCAUGGCCGCAGAGUCGCACUUCUGGGCACUUUUCUUGUUUUCCUCGGCGCCUGCAUUGGACUCGCCUGCUCCCAGAACUACGCCACCCUCCUCGUACUCAGAUGCCUACAGAGUACAGGUAGCGCAAGCACCAUUGCCUUGGGGUCAGGAGUCAUCGGUGACAUCACUACCCGCGCAGAGAGGGCAGGAUUCAUGGGCAUCUUUCAAGCUGGACUUCUAGCUCCCGUUGCCAUCGGUCCCAUCAUUGGAGGUGCUCUGGCCGAUUCUCUGGGAUGGCGCAGCGUCUUCUGGUUCCUCGUCAUUUAUGGUGGCUGCUACUUCUUCGUCAUCGUCGCCUUUCUGCCAGAGACGCUACGAUCCCUCGUUGCCGAUGGUAGUCAUAUACCAGAGUCGAGGAAGCUUCUCAUCGCCUUCCCACUCUCCUUGUAUCAGCGAACGACAAAGAGUGGAUGGAAGGUGGGCCAGCCUUCGGCAAAUGAGGUGCCACCUCCCAAGCGUAUUGACUUCCUGGCACCCUUUCGCUCCCUCUUGAGCAAAUAUACGGCCCCUAUCAUCUUCUUCAUGGCAAUCUACUAUGCCGUUUGGCAGAUGACCAUCACCGCCAUGUCGACGCUCUUCAAGACGCAAUACGGUCUCUCUGAACUGCAGAUCGGCCUCAGCUUCAUCGCGAACGGCGUGGGUUGCAUUCUUGGCACCCUCUUCACAGGCAAGCUGCUGGACCGCAAUUAUCAACGAGUCAAGCGCAAGCACCAAGGGCCAGAGGAGGAUCUGCCUAUUGAGAAGGCUCGCCUCCUCCUCGUUCCCAUCUUUUCGGCCAUCCAGUGUCUCGCCAUCCUUCUCUUCGGCUGGACCAUCGCCUACCCACACAAGGUUCCGAUCGCCAUCCCCAUCAUCGCCACCUUCUUCGUUGGCGCUACUGCAAUCGGAAUGCAGUCUGGCGUCAUGACCUACCUCGUCGACGUAUACCCAGACCAGAGUGCUGCAGCAAGCGCCAGUCUCAACCUGGCUCGCUGCCUCCUGGCUGCCGGAGCCACCAGCUUGGUCAGCCCUCUGAUCAAUGCCGUCGGUGUUGGCCCAGCUUUCUCAAUCGCCACGGGCGUACAAGUGCUGGCCUUCGCUGGCUUCAUCAUUCAAUGGGUAGUAGUACCCAAAUGGCGAGAGGCUAAGGCGAACGAGCGCACAGCUUCUGCAACUACGACGGCUGCAGCUGCGAAAUGAUCCAGCUUCUCGAUUGACUACGGCCUUUUCCUCACGCUGACACACCACGAUACGCUUCCUGGACACUGCACUCUUCA